CAAACGCGCUAUUCAAUAGAAAGUACCAUAGAUCUCUCGCUACUAUUCGUCACUCAGUGCAUUCAUUUUGUGUUUAAUUUUCAUGCAACACAAUGUGCGAAGUCUUCGCUUUUAGCCUCACAUUUUAAACCUUCACCUUUUUAUGUAUUUUAUGAAUAUGGCGAGUGUCUGCUCUAAUGUCACGUUUUAUUCUGUCGUUUUAUGAGUGUGCUAUCUUGUAUUGACGCAAAUCCCGAAAAGCCAUCAUGUGGACGGAUUUUAGAUGAAUACAUACAUACAUACAUACAUACAUACAUACCUAGUCUGGCAAAACUAAAGAACAGAAUUAUUUAAAACGUAAAUUUAUUGACGGACGUGUCUGCGUAUACAUACUAUAACUUCCUAUACGCUCGAGAGCAUUUCUAUGAAAACUGGAAGCACUGACGGGCAAGAUACAAAGUAAAUAUUCUACAUCUACUGAUUGUAUUGACGGUUUUAGUGUUAUCGAGUUUGCCGUCUGCUUCCCAUCAAUAAAAUGGAGCUAUGAAAAAGUAUUGAUGGUGUUCAACAACCUGGCUUGACCAGUCGUUUACCGAAUGAUCUGGUAUUUCGCCGUGCUGCAGCCGUUUGGAAUGUAAACAAAUCGAGAGCAGGCCGCCCACGGAGCCACCCUUCUGCAUGCCAGGGCCGAACGAUAAACAACACCCUACCGGGAUUCCGGGGAGAGAUGUUCUCCAACCCGCUCCAGCCGCCGGUCAGCAGUUAGCUCCCCGGCUCGGAGGCGGACGGUGCACCCCGGCCCGUCUACUGCCGGGCUAUCCAGUGCAGCAUGGCCGCCCGACCGCUCAGCAGCUCCGUCUGCCUGCUGGCGGUGCUCUGCGCCGUCUUCCCGUGCGCGCUAGCCGACGACGCCGGUGCUGGCACCAACGACGCGCUGGAUGAUCUGCUGGCGCUCGUCAACCGUGCGGUGAGAGAGGCUGUGGACCCCAUCUCCGCCGAGCUCCGCAGCCAGCGCGAGCUGCUGGGCGACAUCUUGAGCAGGUUAAGCAGCCGUGACACUCAGGCGGAAUCGGCCAGUGCUCGACUUGAUGCUGUUCAAGCUACGUUUGACUCUCAAUCUAAGUCAACUAAUGCACGGCUUGAUUCCACCCAGGAGGCCAUAGAGUCUCAAUUUCAGCUCGUCACUGCCCGGCUUGAUUCCAUGCAAGAUGCUCUGGAGUCUCAAAGUCUGUCUGUCAAUGCCUGGCUUGAUUCUACUCCGGAGACAUUGGAAUCUCAGUUUCAGCAAGUCACGUCUCAACUCGACUCAAUGGAGGCGGAGCUCGGCUCUCAGCUUACUUCAUCCAACAGCAGUCUCGGACAUCUGCAUUCUGAGCUCCACACUGCGCUAGACUCGGUUACCUCCCGGCUGGACUCGUUCGGCACACGACUGGAAGAGCUGGCAGAGAUACAGCAGAACGCGACCACCGGGCCACGAGACUGCAGCGAACUGCCAAGCGGUUACCCCAGUGGGGUCUACACUCUUCAUCCCGAGUGGGGCCGCAGGAGCCCGGUGGAGGUAUUCUGUGAUAUGGAAACGGACGGCGGCGGUUGGACCGUGUUUCAGCGACGCGAAGACAUUCUGCCAAGGGAGGACUUCUAUCGGAACUGGACCGAGUACAAGGACGGCUUCGGAGACCUCGCAGGAGAAUUCUGGUGGGGGCUAGAGAAGCUGUGGCUGCUCACUGGGACGCCGGACAGGAGAUACGAGCUGCGCGUCGAUCUGGGAGAUUUUGACGGAGAGAAGAGAUACGCCAGGUAUGAGAACUUCAGAAUUUCGUCAGAGUUUGACGGAUAUCGUAUAACUGGUGGGAGCUACACAGGAAAUGCUGGAGACAACAUGAGUCAUCACUUCGGGCAGCAGUUUUCGACCAGGGACAAGGACCAGGACAGUGCCUUUGGUAAAAACUGCGCCCAAUACAUUAACUGUGGCUGGUGGUUUAACUAUUGCUAUUAUUCAAACUUGAAUGGCGUCUAUAUGCCAAGAGAAAAUAAUGAUGCCAAGUGGGGAGGUUUAAUAUGGAAUACUUGGAGAGGUGGCCGGUAUUCCCUUAAAAGUGCUGAAAUGAAAAUCCGUCCAUCAUAAGCUGCCAGAAUCGGGUAACUAUUGGAGUCGUUCUUUAACAUUCCGCAGCACAUCCAUGCUUUCUCUAUCAUGAUUCAUUUUGACGUGCUUUGCAUAUUUGUGUCGUAGCCUACCUGCAUGCUAUUUUAUCUCGAAGACACUAGGACCUUUGCGUUAAUCACGGAGCUUAGAGGCUGUCAAACAGAAUGGGGUCACUUAAGUGUUAACUAACUACGCAGAAAGCUACGAAUCAUCUGUAAGCGUACUCAUGUGUUAUUAUAAUGUAGUUUUAAUGCGUUUGUGUAUAAAUAAUAAGGCGUGUAAAAACUUCCAAAUAUAAUGCACAACCCGCGCAGGUAAUAUGUAUUGUUGAGGAAACAUUAACAGGGAAAUUUUAGUCUCGUAGUAGCAUGCCAUGUGGCACAGAGCUUCAGAAUUUGUCCGUAACCAAGGUUUCAGGCGCUGCAGUCUCCAAUGGUGGAGCGUGGCUGCAGCCAGUGCCUAACACCAGGCGACGCGAGAACUGUCCUCCGUUCACUGUUUGAUAUAAUAAACGGUAUUUUAUGGCG